AUGGCCGCUCUGAGCGCCGACACUGUCACGACGGACCCGGGCGGAGGGUCGGAGCGGAGCGGCCGGGUCCAGGCUCUGGGAGGCGGCGGCUGGUCCGCGGAGCCCUGGAAGGGACACAUCGUCCGUCAACUGAAGCACCGAGACCGGAGGCAGCACGCCAUGUUCCAGGACCUGAUCCGCUGCUAUUCUCAGCUGCUGGAGAAAACCAGUCUGGCCAAAGGCCUCCUGAGCUGCUCCGUCAGGCGUCCCUCCGCUGGCUCCCUGACGUCUCUGCUGCAGCAGAGCAGUCGGCUGAAGAAGACGACCGGAGAGCUGGCCUAUCAGGUGGUGGAGCUGCAGCAGCAGAUUAAAAUCAAAGAACGAGUUCUGGACGAGCAGCAUGCCAGGCUGCAGGAGGAUGAGCGGUGGCGGGCGGGUGCGUUGGAUCAGCGGCGGGCGCUGCAGGAGCGGGCAGAGCAGGUCCAGCAGCAGAACGGGGAGUUGAAGACGAAGUACGACGCCCUGCUGGAGCGCCAGAGGGGGGCGGAGUCAAGACUCAGGGAGGAGAAGGUGCGAGAAGGACACCUGCUGGAGGACAUGAUCCACCUGAAGCAGCAGGCCGCCGCCCGCAUGAACAGCCGCAACGAGCGCAGGUCCAGAGCUCGAGAAGCGAACCUGCAGAAGCAGCUGCAGAUGGCUGCCAGGUCAAAGGUCGCCUUAGACAGCUCGUCCAGCGCUCCCACGUCCAGGUCGGCGUCUCCGAAGAACGAGCACCAGGACGAGUCGACGGAGCGGCAACGGACCCGACUGUUCAGGUCGGCGUCGGCGACUUCUCCGAGGAUCUUCGCCUCCAUCAAAGAGCUGUUUGACAGGAAGAGGCGGGGCCACUCGGUCUGCAGUCUGGAGGAGGAUCUGGUGUUUCCGGUCGGACUCUGUCUGUCGGCCAGAGUUCCUGUCAGGGCGCUUCAAGUUCUGGAGGCCCAUGAGCAGGGCAUCAACGCCGUGCGCUUCAGCUCCAGCUCCGACCUUCUGGCCACCGGAGGAACCGACCGCGUCCUCAAGCUGUGGGAGGUCCGAGCAGGCUCGCUGGCUCACCGGGCCACUCUGGACGGCAGCACCGAGGGCAUCACCUGCGUGGAGUUCGACCCGGCGGGCUUCAGGAUCCUCGCCGCGUCCUACGACAAGUCGGCCAUCUUGUGGCGGCUGGAUGACUCCGUUCCCAAGGUGACUCUGACAGGUCACAGCAGGAAGGUGACGGCGGCGAGGUUCAGCAGCGUCCUGCAUCAGGUGGUGACGGGCAGCGCCGACCGGACCGUCCGACUGUGGGACCUGCACCGGGCCGCAUCGGAGGGCUUUAAGUGUGGCAGCGACAGCACCAAGGCUGUGAUCAGUCCUGAUAGCUGCUAUCUGGCGGCCGGAUCAGCAGAUGGCGCUGUUUACAUCUGGAACGUCUCCACUGGCAACCUGGAGACCCGCCUCCCUGACAAACACAGCUCGUCCAUCAGCGCCGUGUCCUGGUCGCUGUCCGGCGAGUACGUCGUCAGCGUGGACAAGAGCAGGCGGGCCGUCCUCUGGAGCGACAUCUGAGACGGCCAAUCGCGAGAGGAGGCCUCGUCGUCACGGCAACAGCUGUUGAAGGGAACAUUCAGAGUUUUUUAAGCUGAUUUUUGUUUUUAUUGGAUUUAAGGGAAACUUUCUGCUUGAUGUCUUUUUUGGGGGUUAAUGAGGAGCAUUAACGCAGAUAUUAACGAGGAAAAGCAUGAAGCUUUCUAAAUAUGAGACCAGUGUGAAGGCAACGAAGGGAAACGUCUGUUUUAUACUUUAUCACCAGACCAACGAAUCCAGACUUAAUGGGACAAUACCAGCAGCUGUAGUUCAUACGUUGGAGUUUGACAUCGUCCUCAUGGACCCCUCUGUGGACGUCUGUCCAUGUGGCGUCUCCACGGCUGUAGUGAGCAUGUGCAGAACAUGGCGAGUCCUCAGAGAAAGCAGGAAACGUAAAAAGAACGCAGGUUUAACUGAUGUAUGCGUGAAGAUUCAAAGGAGACAUUCUGGACUUUGGUGUCGUCUUUUUAAUCGUCUCUGGUUUGAACCGAGUCUUCAGUCCUGUCCGGUGUUCUGACCUCUGGAUGGAAGCUCCUCCACACACUCACACUCGGAUCGAAUCCAGUUCAUCGAUCCGGCAGGUUCAGAGGACAGAAUCAGCAGGACAGGAUACGACCUGGAAAACCCAACAUCAUCCAUCCAACCAUAUAAGAAACGGGACAAAGGACCAAGAACAAAGCAGCGCAUCUCUAGAACCAAACAGAACUGAACCAUCGACACCACUGAGAGCAAUGAGCGUCAUUAGAACACGUCCAUCUGGAGAUGUUUCAUAGGAGCAUUAAUGGAGGAGGAACAUCUGACUGGAAGAGGGGCUGCAGGAACCCGGAGCAGGUUCAUCGGUUCUGUCAGUCUUUCUGGUUCCGCUGCAGAUCCAACAGCUUCCACAUUAACCUCCAGAACCAACAGUUCCUGGACAGAACCCAGUUCUACCUAGGAAACGGAACCAUGGAGGUUUGUUCUGUUGGAACAUCUGGAGAACUUUACGUUGUUGAUGUUGGAGAAGCUGCUGGACGUCAGAGGACAACCAAUCAGCUUCCAGACAUGGAGGAACACAUCAGUGAAAGAGGUUCUCCGGCAGUGGUUCCUGGUCUUCAGUUGGAGCGCCUCCUAAACGUUCUGAGAUAGAAGUUCCUGUUGGGUCCAGAGAGGAAAGGAGUUCUCUGGUAGUGGAACUCACUGACCUGUAACAGAACUUGUAGCUGUUCUGCCUCAAAGUUCCACUUAAAUCAAGUUCAGGUCCAAGAACGUUUCAUGAAGAAGUAAAUGAAGAAACACCAGCAGUCCUGCUGUUGGCUCUCAGUUACGUUCCUGUGAUCCGGCCCUGCAGGUCGGGGACCACCUCCACCUGACAGGUUCUCCAGGUUCCUGUGGUUCCUGAGCAUCACGUUGCUCUCCACUGACUGGUUCUGAAGAGUUUCAGUCAUCUACAGUGGAUUUACUGAAUCUCAGUGAUUUACAUCCACAGCUUCUUCUGCAGCCUGCUGGUGAUGCCAAUAAAGGCCAGUUCAGUGUCUUUAUCAACCAGCAGCGCCCCCUGCUGGCAGGACUGUCUACAGUCUGCUUCCAUGUAAACGAGAUUCUCGUUAACUCAAACUAAAGUUUAUAUCUCACAAUUAUAAACUACAAACAUGCCAAAUUAGGAUCAUCUUCAUCAGUUAAACGCUGCUUCCUGAUGCAGCCGAGGACACCGAGACCCGCUGGCAUCAGAUCCAGCUGCAGUGAGCCGGGUUCUGUUUCACCAGAGAGACGUUCAGGGAGAAAAACUGGAACCUGGAUCCAAAAGUCACAAAGUUCACCAGCAGAGCAGCAGAAAUGAUAGAAACUGAGAUGAAAACGUUACCUGUGUUGCCUUGGUUACCUGGGUUGCCUGUGUUGCCUUGGUUACCUGGGUUAGAUGUCCUCCAUCGCUGUGUUCAGAACUCAGCAGGUCGCCUCCUUCAGUUAAACUCUUCCCUGUAUGUUAACCUGGAUUGUUGCUCACAGCUAACAGAACUAACUCCACUCCAAGUGUCACUUUCAUAAAUAUUUAUCUCACCUGGUCCAGGAUAAACUGAGAGGUUCAUUUACAAAACUAAAUACUACAAACUAUGAAAUAACCUGUUUCUAAAAUAUCUGGUGGAUCUUCAUGUCGACUGCUUUACUACAGAUACUUCUGUGGAAGCUUUGCUUCCUCACUGUUCUGUUUUAUAUUCUGAGGUUAAAGGGACGUUUUUUAUUUAAGAUUAAAGCCAAACUGUUUUGUUUUUUUUGA